AUGGAACGCCCUCACCUCCCGUCCCCCCGCGCCUCGCGCGGCCCCCUGCCUCGYGCUCCAGACAGAGCGAAUCGAACUCCGGCGCAUCGAUGUGCCCUGCUGAGCGCCUCCUGCGAUGAGUUUCCGGCCUCUGCAGCCUCCCGGCCUAGGGCUCGGGGCGAGUCCAGGAGCAUUAGAGACCCCGAGGCGCGGCUCCCCGCGGCAGGCGGCGGGCCGGGCUGGCUGGAGCCCCUGGAUGAGGUGGACGGCGCCGCGGAGCGGUGGCGGCAGCUGGCCCGGCGCCUGCGGCACGACCUGUCCAGCGUCAUCCUCAUGGCGGAAGGCGAUCUCCAGGUGCUUAUUGAUGUACCGCCUUCAGAGCUGGCAGAGGARCUUGAGCAAAGCCAGACCCAGGUCCAGGCUUUGCAGGACACCCUGCAGCAGGUGCUGGACAGGCGAGAAGAAGAACGCCAGUCAAGGCAGCUCCUGGAACUCUACCUGCAGGCCUUGAAGAAGGAGGAGAGUAUCCUCAGCAAAGCAGCAGAGUCUGGGGCUGAACCAAGAGAGGAGAUGGAUGUGGUUGACACAGGUACCAGCAGUACAGGCGUUUUGGCCAAAACAGCACUCAGUGACCAGACCCUUGCCAUCCUGAAAGGGAAACCUGCGCCAGAACUCUGCUUGGACAGUCAAGACUUAGAGCUGGUUGUCAAAGAAGACACAGAAGCCCUGGCCUCGGCUCUAAGCUGGGACAAGCAGAAAGCUGAAGCUCUGCAGCAAGCCUGUGACCAGGAGCUCUCUAAGCGACUACAACAAGUGCAGACUCUGCAUUCCCUGAGGAGCAUCUCAAAGGGCAAGAAAACACUCCCUUGGGGAGACUGGCCCAGUUCAAAACGCAAAAAAUAACUCUGCRUAGCACUGCCUCGUGUGUCAAGGAAAUACAGGUCCUGUUUGCGUUAGGACCAACACAAGCAAGUUAUGUCCUGGGAACCAGUUUGCUGGUCAUACUGUAGUCUGGCUCUAGACCACUAAAAUCUGGAUAUUGUCCUGAGGCUUAAACUCUUAUGACGACUCAAAUCAUGUGUAACCAAAGGGCUUCUCACGUUUUGCAGAACGCUGGAACAAUGGUAUUGCUAAGCAUAGCAUGCCAGUGUUCAGCUCUGAAUACCAGGCUGUGAGCCAGAAACUUCCCUCUGAUAAUACUGGAUCUACCCGCUGAAGCCUCAGGCAAUUUGCCUCUYGUCUUCCUUCCUUUACAAUGAAAUGAUGGGGAAAUAUUUACCUUACCUCACAGGGACACUGAGGCACAGUUAACUAGAAAGAAGGUGUCUUCAGGAUUCCUUGCUGAACAUAUGCACCACUCAUCCUUUGGUAGGGCCUGUGACUGGGUCUACUUAAACCCUCAGCGGUUGGUGG